AAAAAAAAAAGAGAAAAUAUUAAAUGGCAAUAGAGAAUUACACGUGGGUGAGUGGUAACAUGGUUACGUUACAGCUCCAUACAUUCUCAGUUUGAGAUGGAUAGAGAUAGAGUUCCAGUGCAUCUCUUUCCUAUAAGUUAACAGCAACAACAUAAAUGUAUUUUUAUUUUUAAUUUUAUUUUAAAAAACCUAUAAAAGUCAAACAAACUUUCUCUCUGUGUAAUGACUUUAUGCGGAGUCUUGGAAACAGAAAACAGAGUUGAUGACUAGGUAAAAGGAAGUAUGUAACAAAAUCGGUGAUCCCCAUUGUGUUUUGAUUUCCCAAAUUCACGAACACCAAUUUUCAUAGUGUGAAGAAUGGCCACGGUUGAAGAGAAGGAGGAGGAUGAGAAAGCGAAGCGGAAACCGCCGAGGCCGAAACGAAUAUGUUUCUCUUUCGCGGCGUACGCCAGCAGCCUCCUUAACAACCUAAAAUCCUCGAACGUUGUAAUCGACGAAGGAUUGUCGGACCUAGAACUCCGAAACCUAGAAUCCAAAUUGAAAUUCUCGUUCCCACCGGACCUUCGCGCGAUCCUCCAACAAGGCCUUCCCAUAUCACAAGGCUUCCCCAAUUGGCGUUCCUCUUCGACACAACAACUCCAAAUUCUCCUCAACCUCCCCGCCUCCCUGAUUCUCCGUCGCGUCUCCAACACGCGCUUCUGGCACCCCUCGUGGGGUCCGAAGCCGCCCGACCCGACCCAGGCGCUUCGCCGGUUGUUAAAUGAUGCACCGCGCCUCGUCCCGAUUUACCGGCAUUGCUACAUUCCCUCCUCCCCUGAGGCCGCCGGGAACCCUGUUUUCUACGUGGAUGACAGCGGGGAUGUCUGUUUGCUCAGCUUCGACUUGUCGGGGUUUUUCCGGGAGCUUCUGGCGCAGGAAAUGGAUGAGCCAGUGUGGGCUGCGACGGCGGCUAAGAGGGUGAGGUUCUGGUCGGAGCUGGCGGAGGACCGGUGCGGGAGGUGGUGGUGGUGGGGCAUCGCUAAGGAGGAGCUCGGGGGAUGCUUGGAUAGGACGGUGUGGAAAUUGAGAGAGGGAGGGUGGACGGAGGAGGAGAUACGCGAGAUGGUGACGGUGGAAGAGAAGAAGAAGGGAGACGAGUUGAAAUUGAAUAACAAAGAGGCAUUGGCGCGGCACGUGAGAGUCCUAUCAUUGGUUUUGCUGCGUGCGGGGUGGAGCAGGGAAGAUGUUGUGUAUUCGCUUGGGGUGGUUGGUGAUGAGGAAAAAUCCUCCCUCGAAUUCCAUCAAGAAUCGUUAGAUCAACGCAACGUCAACAUCAACGGCUUCUAACCUUGUCGCUUCUCAUCUCUCAUCACUAUUAGUCAACCUGUCGCAUCCCAUUUUUCAUUUUUCGCUUUUUUAAUGUUUUUUUUAUAUUUAACAUAUUAGGAGUAUAAUUAAAAAUAUAUAAUACAUACAAAAGAAGUUAGAUUCCAGACCUAUUUUUUGUAAAAAAAAUUGAGGGGCGAUGAAAUUGCAAUUGCAAGACCUAGUUUUAAUUUGUGAGUU